AUGCCCGGUCAUCACACCGACCAGGCUCCCCUCCGCGAUAUUGGCCGCGGCACCUGUGGCAGCGUCUUUGUGUGCCCGGGGUCGCCCUGGGCUAUCAAGAAAGGUGCCAACGCCGCAGGCAUCUCGAACGACUUUGAACUUACAGGUCUGGCCUACAACAGCCAUCUCAGGGCGCUCGACAUUUUCGCAGACUCCAAUCUUCUUUCAUCACGCCGCAUACCACGGGUCCCUGAACCUGUUUUUUAUGAGGGACCAAGUUCAGAAUGGUGGACUGAAAACCUUUGCCGAUUUCCAGAUGCCGACCGGACACAAGGCGCAGCUUUCCGUUUAACCUAUAUCUCACCAGUUCUCGAGCCUACGAGACGAGCCCUCGUCCAUACCUUCUUCCGGAAAUCCGACACGACAAGACGAGAUGUGUUGGGCAAACCUGAGAACAGAGACUGUCUCAUUCGUCUUUAUCUUGGAAAGAACAGUCCGAACGACCGGGCGUACGACAGCACUGAUACGCUUCGAAAUUUUCCGUUGUACCUGGAGCACGCCCAACUGAUAAUGUCUAACCUUGUCCUCAUCGGAUACGCCACAGAAAUGGCUAUAGGACUUGCGAUAUUGCAUUGGCAGGCACAGAUCGACGCACAAGAUACGGAGUUCGUGAUUGGAUCUUCGGGCAAACCAAUGUUCGGUGAUUUACGUGCGGUCCACUCCUCGUUUCGAUCACCCAUAGCUGCAUUCGAAGGCUCCGGCGGGAGCGAGCUGUGGAUGUUGGACUACGAUAAAUGCACGAGGGUCGACCUAGAGGCAUCGGCUUCGGACAUUGUCAAGAAAUACUUAGUUGCGGUAACGGGCAACGACCCAUAUUACCCGCAUCCUUGCUUGGAUGAUGAGCUCUGGAUGUACUUCCGCUACACGUACCUGCUGGCCAGCCGCAUCAUAAUCAGAUCAAGGAAGUUGGAGGAAAAGGUGGGAUCGUUACCGGAUGCACUCAUCGAACAAUGGGAGCAAUGGGGAGAUCUUGAUUCUGAGAGCAAUGACAAUGAUAUCUUUGAGAGAGUCUCCAACGACAACGAAGAAGAGUAUGUCGAUGUCAAUACGGUUGAGGAGGACUCUGAGUCUGAUGGAGAGGAUAGUGAGUUUGAUUCUGAUGAUUCUGAGGAGGGCUACAUUAGCAUCGAGGCUCCCAGCGAUAGUUGA